GAGGGACAGGGAAACAAGGAGUAGAGAAAGAAAAGGGAAAGAAAACGGUGAUGAAGCAAAAAGGGGACAAAGAUCGGGUACAGAUGCAGCCAAGGAAGCCGGCAAUCAAGGGGCAACAAAAGAAGCUGAAAAGGGGUAAAGAGAGAGAUUAGGCAGAGAACGAGGAAAAGGGGCCCGGGGUUUUCCCGGCGCCGAGGAGGAGUCUCCCGUGCCCUUACAGGGGCGUCCGGAGGGGCGGUCUGUUCCCGCUCCGUCCUAAAUCUCGAGGAAACGAAACCGCCGGCGCCGCGCCCGCCCCGCCGCGCCUCCACCUCCCGAAGCCGCACGCGUUCCCCAGGUGCCGCCGCAGCUGCCCCCGAGCCCCAGAGAUGCAGCAGCCCCUGCCGCCCUACGAGGUGCUGCCGGGGGACGUGAGCAUGGAGGAGAUGUCCCGGAGCACGACGGUGAUGGUGGAGGAGAGCCAGCAGCCGCCGCCGCCCCGCGACCACCUGGUGUGGUCCCUGUUCACCACCCUGUACGGCAACUUCUGCUGCCUCGGCCUCCUGGCGUUCGUCUUCUCCGUCAAGUCCAGGGACCGCAAAGUGCUGGGUGACUACAGCGGGGCCCUGAGCUACGGCUCCACGGCCAAGUGCCUGAACAUCACUGCCCUGGUCAUCAACAUCGUCAUCGUGGUCAUCGUCAUCGUGGUGAUCUCCCUGGUCGCCGCCGGGGUCUUCAGGCCCCACCCACCCCAGUACGGGUACGGGUACGGCCCCACUUAAGCGCCCCCCUUGCCCCGCGAGCUGUGCUUCCCUCCCCGGGGUCGGAGUGACAUCCGCGACAAUCCACGACAAUCCACGACGAUCCACGUGCCUCAGCCGGAGCCUGCUGCUCUCCUGUUCCCCCUCCCUCCCCACUCGGAGCUCUCGUGGAGGCCUUGCCGGCGGCUGCCUUCACGCAGGGGGAUGGACACCGCUCCCCGGAGAGCAGCUGAGCACCCCAACCCUGCCACCGCCUGCUUGUUUGCUUUGCUCCGGGCCCGGAGCCCCAGCUGCCUCAAAACAAUUCCGAGGAGAGGCGCCCCUGUUCGGAGAAAUAAAGGUUCCUUUCACUUUU